GUUGCGUGUUUUGUUGCUUUCUGCCGCAAAUAAUGUGCGGUGAUAACACACAUUCAUUGAUAAAGUUCCUUGAAUUACUCCCGUUUUCGCGUCCAUGUGUGCUCUGCUCUGUGCUGGUUAAUCAAUUAAAAUCUUUCCUAUCCGUUUUACUUCGGAAUUGACUGCGUGACAGUCGUGUCGUGGCGACGUCGUCGAUAAUAAUUUGUUGCGCGUAGUUGAGGGUUGCGCAUGUUUACAUAACUUUAGAAUACCGCACUAAUCGCACAGAGCCAUGUUAUCCAAAUCUCGCUUCCUGGUAUCCGGCUGGGCCAACUGUAUCCGUCCCUGGACAGCAGUUUGUCGGUCGGUUCAUAUUUCCGAAGCCAACGUAAUCCAGACCACGAUCGAUCGCCAAUCGGCCGAGUUUAAGGAGAACCAUGCGCAGAUGAACGAAUUAGUAACGGAACUGAAAUCUAUAACACAAGAGGUCUUGAGCGGAGGUGGACCGGAAGCCGUAAAGAGACAUGUCAGCAAGGGUAAGCUGCUGGUGAGAGAUCGAAUCAACCGGCUGAUCGAUCCCGGAUCGCCGUUUUUAGAGUUCAACACGUUGGCAGCGCUGAAUGUCUACGGAAAGGAUGUUGUGAAUUCAGCGGGAAUCGUUACUGGAAUUGGUCGUGUUCAGGGGGUCGAUUGUGUGAUCGUUGCCAAUGAUGCCACGGUGAAAGGUGGUACCUACUAUCCGAUCACCGUGAAGAAACAUUUGCGGGCCCAGGAAAUUGCUAAGGAGAACAACUUGCCUUGUAUCUAUCUGGUCGAUUCAGGUGGAGCCAACCUUCCUCGUCAGGCCGAUGUUUUUCCGGACAAGAUGCAUUUCGGAAGAAUUUUCUACAAUCAGGCGAACAUGUCGGCCCAAGGUAUUCCACAAAUCGCGGUCGUUAUGGGCUCUUGCACUGCAGGAGGCGCCUAUGUUCCGGCUAUGGCCGAUGAAAGCAUCAUCGUCAAAAAGAAGGGUACAAUUUUCUUAGCUGGACCACCGCUAGUCAAGGCAGCAACUGGAGAAGUUGUUUCAGCCGAAGAUCUUGGUGGAGCGGAUCUUCAUUGCCGAACUUCAGGCGUAACCGAUCAUUACGCAGUUGAUGAUGAGCAUGCGCUUUAUUUGGCAAGACAAGUAGUUCAGAAUUUGAACCGUCAUAGUAGAUAUGACGAACAGGCGGGCUAUUCUACAAAGGAAAUGAUGGAUCAUGACAGCUUGAGUUUUCAACCAAAUCCUGAACCUCCCCUGUACAGCCCAGAAGAUCUCUACGGAAUUGUUGGAGCCAACUUGACCAAAUCUUUCGAUGUUCGUGAGGUCAUUGCCCGCAUAUUUGACGGAAGCCGGUUUAUAGAAUUUAAGAAAUUCUACGGAGAAACCAUCGUGUGCGGUUAUGCUAGACUGUAUGGUCAACUGGUAGGAGUGAUUGGCAACAACGGUGUGCUGUUUUCCGAGAGUGCCCUUAAAGGGGCUCACUUCGUACAACUGUGUGCCCAGAAAAAGAUUCCGCUUAUCUUCCUCCAAAAUAUUACUGGUUUCAUGGUGGGUCGUGAUGCCGAAGCUGGCGGUAUAGCCAAAAACGGUGCCAAAAUGGUUACUGCCGUUGCUUGUGCCAAAGUUCCCAAACUAACCCUUUUGAUUGGUGGCUCGUAUGGUGCCGGAAACUACGGCAUGUGCGGACGCGCCUACUCACCGCGAUUCCUGUACAUGUGGCCCAACAGUCGUAUUUCGGUUAUGGGAGGCUCCCAGGCAGCUGGUGUCUUGGCACAAAUCACCGAAGAACAGUACAAGCGCACUGGUAAAGAGUGGAACGAAGCCAUCGGAGACAAAAUCAAAGCCCCCAUAGUUGAGAUGUUCGAGAAGGAAGGAUCGCCUUAUUUCAGCACCGCCCGUCUCUGGGAUGAUGGCAUAAUUGAUCCUAUUGACACCAGAAAAGUGCUGGGAUUGAGUCUUCAGGCAGCCAUGAAUAAACCCAUAGAGGAUACUAAAUUCGGCGUGUUCCGAAUGUAAUCCUCAGGAAAGUCGAACGAUUUCCUCGUGCUUCCUUUGUUGAUCGAAACUAAAGUGCAUUUAUUACAUUUGUAAGAGAUGGCUCAUCAGGCCGUAUACAGUUUAUCAGGUAUUGCAUUUAAAUCCUAUCGUGCAACGAUUCAUUCCAUGUGAAGGGAAAAUAAAAAUAUUUUAACAUUUAGAACAUAACUUUCGUAUCAGAAUGGGGGUAGGC